UCAUCAUAUAAUCCUCAGGUUAGGUAACAGGCCUCCUUGCAGUUAUGCUUCAGUUGCAUCCGUCACGCAAGACGAACAGGAAGAGCUACAACUUGGGAAGCUACACCAAGGAUCCAAUUAUAGUGUAAUUGACAAAACAUCUAUCUACACAAUUACAAAUAAAAGUAAAGAUGUCCAUAAAAAGUCCAAAAGCAACACCGGAAAGCAGGCCCUCCUCUGCUGCCAGCGUGUCUCCACGAGGAGGGAGGGCUGCACCUGCUGGAAAAUCGCCCGCUAUGGGGAAAUUCAAAAACAAGGCCCUUCAGCUUAGCCUCUCCAAGAAAUUCUGCACCAAGUCCUCCACAGCCAAAGGGAAGGAUCCUGGAGAAGAGGAGGGUAAGCGGAAGAGUAAAAGGAGCCUCAGCAACAGUUCAAUGGUGGCUGCAGCUUAUGUCUCCUAUCUAAAUAAGCUUUUUGGACAGGAAAGAGAGCUGAUGCCACUGGAGUUAGAUGAGCUGCAAGAGGCCUUCAAGGAAUUUGACUACGAUGCAGAUGGCUUCAUCCAUUACAAAGACAUUGCAGACUGCAUGAGGACCAUGGGCUACAUGCCUACUGAGAUGGAGCUCAUCGAGAUCAUCCAGCAAAUCAAGAUGAAAUGGGGAGGCCAUGUGGAUUUUGAUGAUUUCUGUGAGUUAAUGGGACCGAGGAUGGUGGCAGAGACCGCUCAUAUGGUUGGACUAAAAGAACUGCGCUGUGCUUUUAGACAGUUCGACUGUGACGGUGAUGGAAAGAUCACCCUGGAAGAACUAAAGGAAGGCAUGAAGACCCUCCUCGGGGAGAAGCUAAAGAAGGGCGAGCUGGAAGAGAUUCUGGGGGACAUUGACCUCAACAAAGAUGGCUGCAUUGACUUUGAUGAAUUUGUUAUGAUGCUUUCUGCACGAUAAUCCUCGAUGGAAGAUGAAGAGUGAAAUGGGCCCAGAAGCUGUGUAGCAAGACUACUUGGCUGCAGCCUGUAAUAAAUUCAUAUUUUUUAUACAUAUGUUUUUUGUAUUUAUGUAUGUUGCCUUGUUGUAUACUGUCCAGUUAAAUAAAAUUGUAAUAAAAUUGUC